AUGGCUGGACAGAGGAUCAAUUCUUCUGAAGAUGUGAACCUUGUUGCGGCCUGGCUGUUGUCUGUUUGGGGAGAUUCAGUGCGGGAGAAUCUGGGCUGGGCUGGGAUAGAAAGCUUAGACAAGAGUCUAGAAGAUUUGCUGACCAGAGUGGAUGAAUUUGUGGGGCGGCUGUUUUUAGCCUGGCUGUUGUCUGUUUGGGGAGAUUCAAUUUCUCUUUUGCAGAUAGAAAGCUUAGACAAGAGUCUAGAAGAUUUGCUGACCAGAGUGGAUGAAUUUGUGGGGAUGCUGGACAUGAUUCGAAGUGAUUCCUCUCAAGUUGUCAAUGAAAGUAUACCUCAAAUUUACUCAAAAGCUACAGAAAUGAGACAGAUCUACAGGAAGAUUGACAAACUAGAGGCUUUUGUGAAGAUGAUUGGAAAUAGUGUAGCUGGACUGGAAGAACGGGUCAUAAAGGCAGAAACAGACCUUGGAGCUUUUCCGAGCACAUUCAAGAAAAUCUUGCACACAAUACCAUCCUUCCUUAAUAAAUCGUCUUCCUCACGACAACAACAGACCCUCUAUGAACCUCCAGUCCUCUUCAAGACUGAAGACUAUUUUCCAUGUCUUAAUGAAGCACCUUAUUGAUGAUUUUUGCUUUGGGAUUGAUACUAAUCAGCCAGAGUAGAGACAGCCAAGUGAACAAAAGAAAUGCCAACCUCAAAACAGCUGCAUUUCUGAGCAUUAUUGAUGGCAUAUUGCCAUACUGAUUCCCAUUGUCUUCCUUCAGGCAGUAUUUUCAGGU